AGAGGGAAAAUUUUAAGCCGCCGCCAGCCGUGACGGUAGAAAUUUUAAAAACUUAUAAGCCGCCGCCGCUGAAACAUUUGAGUUCCAGCCGCCGAGCCGCCGGUUCUAUUCGAAAUUUUCAAAUUUUCGAGCCGCCGCCACCUGACACCUAUCAUAAGCAUCAAUAAUUUUUUAUUUAUUUUUUCCUUAAUUUUGCAUUGGUUAAAAGUUUUAAGUAAUCAUUUCAAUUGUCUAUGUCUAUCAUAUUAUAUAUAACAAUAGACUAGUAUUAUAUGUUUCGAUUAACAAAAAAAAAAGCUAAGUUGUAUACAUUAAGUGAUUUUUUUAGUAGAAUCGUGGUGGUGGUUUUUCAUUCAUUAUUUAUUCUGGUGAUUAUAUUUAUUUUUUCAUCAAUUAGUAUUCUUGGUGGUUAUUUUUAUUGUACAUCCAUUAAUAUUCUUGGUAAUAGUGGUGGUUUUUCGCUUAUUAUUAAUCGUGGUGAUAUUGUUGGUUGUGAUUUGUUAAUAUUCUUGGUGGUUCGUGUUGCAGUCGAAAUGACAAAUAUUUAUUUUGCAAACAAAAAUUUAUUUAUCAAGAUCAACCCACCUAAUAUACCAAAACCAUCGUUCGUGUGGAAUUAUUUCGGUUACUUAUACAAAACACCGAAUGAGCCAGUCGAUAAAGAACAUGUUUAUUGCAAGAUUUGUUUUGACAAGUUAAAAGAUGAUCAACCUGAUGUUAAUUUUUUUUCAAUUAAAAAUCUUAUUGGUAUUUAUAGUAAUAUAAGUGGUACUGGAAAUAUGAAAAAUCAUUUAUUAUCAGUUCACCAAGUAAAAGAAUCACAACAAACAAAAGUAACAAAUCAACAUAUUCUUUCUAUGUUUUCUCGUAAUCACCAUUCAACAAAACCUUCACAACUAAAGCAACAGCUAGGACAUCAAUUAACAUUAAUGUGCUGUAGAGAUCUUUUACCAUUCUCUAUAGUUGAAAAUGAAGGUAAGUAUUUUCAAGAACUUUAUAUAUGCAUUCAUUUAGCAUUUCUAUGCCUAGGUUUUCAAGAUUUUCUGGUUUCUAACAAAAUUGUUUCUUCAAAGUCGGAAAUUCCUUCACGUACCAUAUUAUCACCUAUAAAUCUGAAUAAAAUUUACGAUGUGUGUUAUCAAAAAAUUAAAGAAGUAUUAAAAUCAUCAAUAAAAUUUCCUACAAUAACGUGUGACAUAUGGUCCGAUAAAUAUAAACAUCGUUCAUACAUUUGUUUUACAAUACAUUUUCUUGAUUCAAAUAUACAAUACCACCACUAUAGUUUAACAACACUACCAUUCGAUGAAUCCCAUACAGGUGAAGCUAUAAAGGAUCUUGUUUUACUUGUUUUACAUGAAUUUAAUAUAAAUUCCAAUAAUAUAAUUGUGGUUUCGGAUCAAGGUCCAAACAUGUGUAAAGCAUGGAAAUUAUUAAAUGUGAUACAUACAUUUUGUAUUGGACAUGGUAUCCACAAUUGGUUAAUGAAAGAUUGUUUUCCUCAUAUGAAUUUAGUACCAGAUUUAUUAGAUAAAGUUCAAAUGAUAAUUAAUAAACUUCGUUAUCGUCAGCAUGAACUUGAAAAUGAAUUUUUUCGAUAUAAUGAAAUGAUAAACCAGAACUUAUUUAUAUCAUUAAAUAAAGCUGGUGAAAUAUUAGAUGCUGAUAUUGCUUUGUCCAAUAUUGAUGUUGAAAAUAUACAAACAUUGAACGACGAUGUUAUAAUUAAUAAUGUUGAGGAAUCGUUCUUAUCUAAUGACUUACAAUUUAAUUCAAAACAAAUACAAUCUUCAACAAUAUCGAAUAAUUUACUUUUAAUUAACAACAAAAAUUCAGAACGAUUUCAUACUCUAAAAAAACGUGUUCUAACUCGUUGGAAUACGAUUUUAAUUAUGCUUCGUUCGUAUAUUGACAAUGUAUCCGGUAUUGAAAUUAUAUUGCAUCGAUUAAAAUAUUUUGAUUUGAUAUUAUCGGCUGCAGAAAAUCAAAUUAUACGUGACUUAGUUGAAUUUCUUAGUUUACUUGAAUCGACAACAACAAUAUUAUCGGCAUCAAAAUCUUAUACAACAAUGAAUUUGUACUUAUUAUUACGAAUAGAAAUAGAAUCUAUAUUGAAUAUUACUGAUAUAGAAUCACCAGUUGUUCGAGAAUUAAAAAUUUUGCUUUUUGAAAAUAUGAAUAAGAGGUACCCGGUACUUCCAUUAAAUAUUUGUGGUUUUCUGCUUGAUCCAUCACAACUUAAAAUUGAUAUUAGCCGCUAUUUAAAUCAAAAUCGAACAACAAAAGAAAAAAUAUUAUUCGAAAUGAUUAAAAAAUUUAAAAUUCAUCCUCUUCCACAAGCAUCUACAACAACAGAAAAUAUUUCAACAAGUGCAUCAUCUUCACAUUCAAUUGCACCUACAACAACAUCAUCUUCUACUAUGAAACGAUGCUUAUCAGUCGAGAAUUUGAGCGAACCAGCUCAAAAUUUGAAAAGACUUCGUGAAAAUCUAAUCCAAAAACACACACCAAAUUCAGUACUCGUUGUUGAUCCUAUUGCAGAUGAAAUAGAGAAAUAUUUAAAACUUGAUGUUAAUUGUGAUGACGUACUCAAAUUCUGGCGAUCAUCAGAAGAUAAUUUUCCUCAUUUAAAAGUUCUUGCUCAAAUUGUUCUUGCAAUUCCAGCUACAUCUACACCAAGUGAACAAGUUUUUUCAACAACGGGUUUAAUUCUCAAUGCUAAAAGGACAAUGUUGUCGCCAGAAAAUGUUGGUAAAAUACAAGUGAUCCAUGACAAUUAUAAUUUAUUUAAACCAACUUAG